GGGUUUGUUGGGGUGGACCGGAAAGCCAAGUGUUUUAAAAGGCCGAGGACAUAAACCGUCCACACAGUCUCCAGAAAGGUGAAGAACAGUUCCUCAGUUCUGUCAAGGCCAUUGCAGAGUUAUACGGACAUCACCCAUCAGAACAACCGUCCAUUUAGGCUGCUCCUGCAGGUGGAUUCCAUUGAUCCGGACUGUCACUCACAGCCUUAGGACAGCGAGGCUCCAACCUCUGUAUAUCAACCUAUAGGUGCUCACUGAGAAGAUGAAGCUGGGAUUGGUCUUCUUCACCCUCCUCGCUGCCUGGCCUGGCAAUGUCUACUCAACCCAUGGACCAGUGCAAGGAUGCUGUCUCAAAGUGUCUAGAACCAAAGUCCCUGUGAAUACGAUUGUGGACUACAGAAAUCAAUCGACCACAAUCUGUCGUAUCGCUGCUGUUGUGUUCACAAGCAAGAUUGGGCAGAAAGUGAGAAGAAUCUGCGCCGACCCUGACGGUACAUGGACCCGAAGAGCCAUUAAGAAGGUGAACGAGGACAGACUUAGAGCACUACAGGAGAACGAAGACAACGCCGGAGCAGCCAACAGAGCUUCCACAGAGUCUCCCACAUCAACGAAAGGAAGCAGUAGGCCUAGGAGAAACAACAAUAAAGGGAGGCGUAAUAGCAGGAAUCGCAGGAGAGUGUGUGUUUUGCCAAAAGAACCCACUUUGGUGGCUUAAAUGGUGUUAACAACAAAAAUGUCUGCUCUUUUAGACGAUUAGACGAUUUUUUUUGUUAUAUGACUCUAAGUUAUAAGUAUAAUGUAUUUUAAUCUAUCCUUACCUAUAUUAUUAUCGUCAGGUAUUCUCAAUGUAAUAACAUGUCAGCGAUGAAUGUAAAAUAAAACGUUCUAUUGUCGAUUCACAA